GCUAGUUUUGUAAUUUUUUUUAUAUGGGUGCUAGUUUUGUAAUUUAUUUUUUUAAAGGUGCUAUUAUUGGAAAAAUCCCCUUAGAGUCUGGUGCUGGCUAUGUUUAUUUAUGUCGAACUAGGGGUGGAAAUCGGUACGAUAUCGGUUUCCCAAUACCAUGUAUCGAAAUCCCGAAUGCCGAAAUACACCCUAAAAUCAAUCCCAAUCUCAAUCUCUAAAUAAUUUCGGUAUCCCAAUCUCAAUCCCUAAAUAUUUCGGUAUCCCAAUUGGUAUUAUUGAACACGAAGUUAAUUAUAUUGGUAAUUAAUAAUUAAAUAUAUAAAUUAGAUUUAAUUGUUUAAUUUAGGGAAAAGAGACUAAGCAAAGAGUCUUGAGUUUGCCUAGAGUUUGGAUAUGGAUAAGAAAAAUGGAGGAGAGGUGACAUCUCAAAUUCUUGUCAUUGGUAAUCUUUAAUAUGACGAAUUGGAGGCUGAGAGACGACUAAUAUUAGUGUUUGCCUUUUGGUAUUAUGAAAAUUAUAAUAGAUUAGGUGAGAGACGAGAGUGACUUAAAUUGUAAAGUCAAAAUUGAGUUGGAUAGGGGCUUCUAAGUUGUGAAAGAGUGAGGAAUGACCAAAGGUUGUAUGUUAUAUUUGAUUAAUUUUUAAAUUUCGGUAUUUCUCGGUAUUUCAGUAUACCGAUCUCAAUCUUGUAAUCUCUAAUACCGAAUAGCACUCCAAAAUGAAUCCAGAUCCCAAUCCCUAAAAAAUAAGCCGGUAUUCGAUAAUACCAAAUAAUGAUAAAUUCGAUACGAUAUUGGGAAUAUUCCAAAUACCUAUACCAAACUUCCAUCCCUAUGUCGAACCCAAACGUAUCUGUAGGGCACUUUCCAGUGCUUGGUGCAUGUAAGGACAAAAAGAAAAGAAGCCUAGCACCAAUUUAGGGUUAAAGACACAUUUGGUCACUGAGAUUACUAAAUCGGGACAUGUUUAGUCACUGUAAAAAGUUAAUAUCAAAUUUGGUCACUACAAUUACUAAAAUUGGACACAUUUAGUCACUCGCCGUUAGUUGCCGCCCAACUCCGUUAAAAGAGUCCGUUAUGUGCUGACGUGGCUAACGUGAGCGCCUAGUCAGCGCUGUUUUGGGCCGGAAAUGAUCAAACCCGACCUGCCACGUCACUAAACCAGCCACGUAUUAAACCCAACCCGACCCAGAACCAAAGCCGAUCCAGUUAACAAAACAAAAUUGGAAAAUCAUUCGGGUUAGUGACAUUUUCAGACCCGAAACCCUUCUCCUUCCUCCCGAAGCUCUGCUCAUUCAAUUUCAUCUACCAUUUUCGAUAGAACACAUCAGAGAGCAGAGAGAGAUGGAGCCAGCGACUCUACCCCUUGACCCCCUUGUCCCAGAUCCUUCGUCGAAGUCGACUUCUUCUUCGUCGCGCGCCGGCUUCAGUUCCCCCAUCGCAGCAGACAAAGAAACCCUAAGAUCCAGCUGCGAAUCCGCUCUGUACUUCUUCUUCUUCUUCGCGCUUCCCCCAUCACAGCAGUGGACGAAACCUCUAAAUCGAUUCCCCCAUCGCGCUGACGUCAGUUUCCCGUCUCCUGUAAUUGUCCUGGUAGAGGCACUGACCGGAGCGGCAGGAUGAGACGUCGAGGGUGGCACACUCCGGUGAGCUGCAGAAGAGCAGGGAGUAGGAGGAGGAAGGCCGGUUGAAGAUCAGGUCUGUUUGCUUAGCCAGGCCCGGGAGAAGUACUCCCCGCUGCCCUGGUUUGCCCGGAUGUGACGGAAGUCGAUAAAUCGGACUGAGAAAGGAAAUGGGGGGAGUCAGAAUCGAGUAGAGGGGUGAGGUCGGAGUAAGAGAGGAGGAGCUUGGCGGAGAUCGACGGGGCAGAGUCGCGGCGGAGCCUAGCAGAGGUGAGAGGUUUGUAGUCCGGGUGGUUGGAUCUGACGACCGAUCAUCUUGAGAGGACGUCGAGGGAUGAUGGGGGGAGACGUUGAGCUUGAUGGGGGAAGAAGAAGCUUGUUCUUUGGGUUCUUGUUCGGUGAAGGUAGUGGAUUGAUGGUCGAAGGAGAGGAUGUGGUGAGCUCGGUGGAGUGAAACGGAAGGGGCGGAUUUGCCGGCGAUGUGAAAUGGAAUGGGGAGAAGUGGAGAGACGUGGUAGAGAUGGAGAAUAGGGUCGGGUUUGGUUAUGGGUCCAGUUGGGUUAGUGGAUUGGGUUGGAACAAUGACGUGGCGGGUUUAGUGAUGUGGCUGGUCGGGUUUGAAUAUAUUUGGUCCAAAACAAUGCUGACUAGGCGAUUCUGUUAGCCAUGUUAGCACAUAACGGACUCUUUUAACGGAGUUGGACGGCAACUAACGGCGAGUGACUAAAUGUGUCCUGUUUUA